AUGACCAGAAUGAUGACGAGAAGAGCUAACAAGGAGAUCGAGGAGAAGAAUCUCGGAAAGAAUGGAAAACUCUGGAAGGUGUUCACUGUGAAUAUUAUCCCGGAGCUCAUUUCCGAGCCCUGCCACGACGAGGACCGCGACGUAGCGGUCUGCAAUCCGAUGGACUGCAUUCAGUCGGAGGACAACCUUAAGGUGCUGAUGAAAGAGUGCCCAACUCUCGGGAUUGAGAUGGCUAUCGAAUAUCUCUUGGAGAGCCCCCUGGCCGACGCAAUCCAACGGGGAAGGAAAUUCGUGCUUAAAAUGGAGUUGCUGAAAGCGGAGGAGGAGAAGCAUGUUGGAGUCCCCAAGGUCGAGAACAUCCCACCACCACCACCACAGCUCGAAAAGAAGAAGGAGGAGCCCAAAAAGGAGCAGAAGAAGGCGGAGCCUACAGGACGUGGGAAGGCUCAAAUCAAGAAAAUAGCCGCUGGAGUGACAAAGACAGGAGCUGAGAAGAAGAAGGUGGAGCCUAGGAAGACCCAGAAGAAGGCUCCUGCACAUCAAAAGACUCAAAUCAAGAAAGUCGUCAUUGGAGUGUCCAAAAAAGAAGUUGGGAAGAAGUUUGGUCAAAAUGUGAGGCUUGGAGACCUCGCUAGAGAGCUGAUGGCAUCAGCAGCAGGAUGGAAUCGUCAGCGGAAGGUGGCAUUCAAGUGCCCUAAACGAUUCUUGCAAGACGAGAACGCCCCGCCCACUGCUGAGCCAAUGGAAUAUUAG